AUGAGUACCACUAGACCUAAGUAUGAGACAAUUGAGACCGACGUCGACAACUAUACCCGUAUAAAAAACAUAUACAUACCCAUGCGCGAUGGGAUUGAGCUUUGCGCCGAUGUGUUUCUCCCUUUAGCCGCAUCGAAAAAUGGAGAGAAGUUGCCUGUGAUUUGCAGCAUGGGUCCUUAUGGGAAAGACAACCAUGCCUCUACGUUUGGACUCCCUCAUUCACCUAUUUAUGCAGAAAUGUAUAAGCACAUCAAGCCACUGGGCCCCGAUGCUUGCUUUGAAUUAUGUGAUCCAUCUAUCUGGUGCAAAGAGUACAAUUAUGCGUUGGUUCGUGUUGACAGUCGUGGCAUUGGCGGCAGCCAAGGGAAGCUCGACCCUUUCGGCUUGGGAAGAUCAGUGCAGAUUCAAGCAGAUGCAGAGGGACAAGAUCUCUACGAUAUCGUCGAAUGGGCUGCCAUUCAACCAUGGUCAACCGGCAAGGUGGCAUACUCUGGAAUCAGUUAUUACGGAAUGGUAGGAUACUGGGCCGCGAUGCAGAAGCCACCCCACCUAAGCUGCGUCGUAUCAUACGAGUCUGCAUGUGAUAUGUACCAAGCAUCAAGACGAGGCGGUAUUUACAGUGACAAUUUCCAAUCUCAUUGGUACCGGAAUCUAGUCAUUCCCUAUCAAGGCGGGAAGAAAGAAGGUCAUAUAGAAGAAGCAGAGCUUUCAGCCAACAGGGUCGAUUUUCCAAAGUUGCUCUCAGAGACUGAGUAUCCCACCGACGGUGUCUGGGAAGUUCUGAAAAGAGCUCGCAAUCUUUCUGAUAUUGAGGUCCCAUUCUAUCUUGCUGGAAACUGGACAGAUGCUGAGCUCCAUUUACCUGGCAAUAUUCGGGCAUUUAACGCCAUCUCGUCAGAAUACAAGUGGCUUGAAAUGCAUACUGGGAACCAUUUAAGUGCGUUUUAUGAGCCGGCGCAUCUGCAAAUGCAGAGGAAGUUCUUGGAUUUCUUCCUCUUCGGCAAGGAUAACGGCAUGCUUGAUGUUCCCCGCAUCAGGCUUCUUCAACACCAUGGCACAAAUACUCUUUAUCGUGAAAAUGAAACAUCCUUUCCUCCAGCCGAUGCGGAAUAUGUGCCCUUUUACUUCACCCCAGAGAAAGUGAUCACCCCUAACAAACCAACCGGCCCAAAGACCUCCUUUACAUAUGAAGGCUACAGCGAGAACCUCCACUUCUCCCUCGAAAGCCCAUUCCCCGAGCCCUUCGAGCUACUAGGCUCACCAUACCUAGAGCUUGAGGUCGGCACCACAGCCAAAGACAUGGACAUGUUCAUCUAUCUACGCGCAAUCAAUGCAGACGGCGAGAAUAUUAUUCUACACGGCAACCACGGCGAACCGAUGGACAAUUUUGCAAGAGAUUACUUCCGUCUUUCUCAUCGUGAUGAAGUCGCCAAAGGUUUCAUGGAUGAUAAGGUCAUUUCACAACCAGCUGUUGCCAAGUCGGAGGUCAUUCCGGGCCAGGUUUACUCUGUGCUUAUUCCUUUGUACCCUGCUGCGUUUCUUUUUGAUCAGGGCCAGUCACUCAGCAUUGAGAUUGGGUCUGUGGAUACCGCCGGUACUAUUGGUCCUAUGCGACAUGAGGGCGGAGAUCGAGUGAAGGAGAGAUUUUCUGGGGAUAAUGUCAUUAUUUCUCAUGGAAAGCUGGUUCUUCCUCGGGUGAGGCGGUGA